AUGGCGAGCCGAAACGAUUCUGGUAGACCCAAUCUGCGGAUUACAAUCAUCGCCGCCGAUGGUUUGUACAAGCGAGAUGUCUUUCGCUUCCCGGAUCCCUUUGCUGUAGCGACCAUCAAUGGAGAGCAGACCAAGACGACGACUGUGAGCAAGAAGACGCUCAACCCUUACUGGAACGAGAGCUUUGAUUUUCGGGUCGACGAGGGAAGCAUCCUGGCCGUCCAGGUCUUCGAUCAAAAGAAGUUUAAAAAGAAGGACCAGGGUUUCCUUGGCGUUAUCAAUAUCCGAAUCGGUGACCUGAUUCCAGAAGUCGGACCCGAAGCCGACGAUCAAAUGAUUACGAGAGACCUGAAGAAGUCGACUGAUAACCUCGUCGUGCACGGCAAACUCAUUCUCAACCUAUCUUGCAACCUUAGCACCCCCAUUCGUGCAGGCCAAGCGUCAUCCAAUAGACCUACCCUUGGUGCGCCCAGUGCCUCCAACCUGUCGACCCUGUCCGCUCCGGCCGGUGACCGGCCGAGUUCUGCCAUGUCUGGUCCCAACGGCAACGCGCUUGUUUCUCAACCCAACCUCUCCUCCCACCAUCCCGCCAGUCUGAGCCCGUUUGAGGAUUCUCAAGGCCGUUUGCCUGCCGGUUGGGAACGCAGGGAGGAUAACCUCGGCCGUACAUAUUAUGUUGACCAUAACACCCGCACCACCAGCUGGAAUCGCCCGACGGCCGCCGGCGGCGCCGCGGAAACCCGAAACGAGCGUGAGGCCGUUACUCAGGUUGAACGCCAGAGACACCAAAACAGAACCCUGCCCGAGGAUAGGACCGGUACAAGCUCGCCCACUCUCCAGCAACAACACAAUGCCGCCCCUAACAGCCACACGGCCAUGAUGCAUACGGGUGCUACUCAACCCGGCUCCGGUGAACUUCCUCCAGGAUGGGAACAGCGCUGGACCCCCGAAGGACGCCCCUACUUUGUCGACCACAACACGCGGACCACGACUUGGGUCGACCCACGCCGCCAGCAGUUCAUCCGCAUGUACGGCCAGAACAACACCAAUGGCCAGAUUCAGCAGCAGCCCGUAUCUCAGCUCGGCCCUCUGCCUAGCGGGUGGGAGAUGCGUCUCACAAAUACGGCCAGAGUCUACUUUGUUGACCACAAUACCAAGACGACUACCUGGGAUGAUCCACGCCUUCCUUCAUCGCUGGAUCAAAACGUGCCCCAGUACAAGCGAGAUUUUAGACGAAAGCUCAUUUACUUCCGAUCUCAGCCUGCCAUGCGCAUUCUUAGCGGGCAGUGCCACAUCAAGGUCCGACGAUCACACAUUUUUGAAGACUCAUUCGCCGAAAUCACCCGCCAGUCUGCUACGGAUCUGAAGAAGCGACUCAUGAUCAAGUUUGACGGCGAAGACGGUCUGGAUUACGGUGGUCUUUCCCGAGAGUUCUUCUUCCUGCUUUCUCACGAAAUGUUCAAUCCCUUCUACUGCUUAUUCGAAUACUCAGCGCACGAUAAUUAUACCCUCCAAAUCAACCCUCACUCCGGCAUCAACCCCGAACAUCUCAAUUACUUCAAGUUCAUCGGACGCGUGGUUGGUAUGGCCAUUUUCCACCGACGAUUCUUGGACGCCUUCUUCAUUGGUGCUCUCUACAAGAUGGUGCUGGGCAAGGGUGUCACGCUGGCGGAUAUGGAGGGUGUAGAUGCAGAUUUCCAUCGUUCACUGCAGUGGAUGCUGGAUAACGACAUUUCGGGAGGUAUUCUCGAGCAAACAUUCUCCACGGAAGACGAGCGCUUCGGAGUUUUGACGACGGAGGAUCUGAUCCCUGGCGGUCGUGACAUUGAGGUGACCAACGAGAACAAGAAGGAGUAUGUGGAACUCAUGGUCAAGUGGCGUAUCGAGAAGCGCAUCGCCGAGCAAUUCCAAGCCUUCAAGGAGGGCUUCCAGGAGCUGAUCCCUCAGGAUCUCAUCAAUGUAUUUGACGAGCGUGAGCUCGAACUGCUCAUUGGCGGCAUUGCUGAGAUUGACGUCGACGACUGGAAGAAGCACACAGAUUACCGCGGAUAUACGGAGUCCGAUGAGGUUAUCCAGAACUUCUGGGCAACCGUACGGUCCUGGGAUGGCGAGCAGAAGUCGCGUCUGCUGCAGUUUACCACGGGUACCUCCAGAAUCCCAGUCAACGGCUUCAAGGACCUUCAGGGCAGUGAUGGCCCCAGAAGAUUCACUAUUGAAAAGGCUGGUGACUUGACUAACCUACCCAAGGCGCAUACUUGCUUCAACCGAAUUGAUCUGCCUGCAUAUAAGACAUUGGAAACGCUACAACAGAAGCUUACUAUUGCCGUUGAGGAGACCAUGGGCUUUGGCCAAGAAUAG